AUGCUCGCGCUGCAACAACAGUACCAGCAGCAGCAUGGGUGCGUCCUGGGAGAAGUGGUGAUGGAAGAGGAUGCACACGGCGCACUGCACAUCAACACCAGCAAUCCCAUGAAGGAGCCCGUAUUUGUCAACGGAGUGGACGUUGGCGAGGAGAUUGCGUCGUUGCGAAGUACAGUUUCAGCGCAGGCGAGGAUGCUCGCAGAAGAGCGAGGCAAGAACAACGUGUUCGAAAACCGUCUUUGUGCAAUGGGUGUGCCGCCGAGGGUGGACACGACCACGAUCGCUGGUGUUGGAAGUGCAAAGGUGCCUGCCUCAGUGCUCAUCAUCGAUCCAAGCACCAACACGGCUGAUACAACCACGAUUACUGGGCUCGGUGCUGGAAUGGGCAAAUGGGGACGUGGCGUGAUCUCGCACGAUGGCCAUAUUUUUGGGUUCCCUCGAGCUGCAACGUCUGUGCUCAUCAUGAAUCCAAGCACAAACACAGUUGACACCACUACACUUGGUGGACUGCCUGGUGGCGAUGACUGGCGGAGCGGUAUUAUCGCGAGGAAUGGUGUCGUCUAUGGUGUUCCGUGGCACUCGCCUUCCGUUCUCGUCAUUGAUCCUACCACAAAUACCACCGACACGACAACAAUCAUUGGCUUGGGUACUGGCCGAGAAAAGUGGCAAGGCGCCACUCAAGCUGCAAAUGGCCUCAUCUAUUGCGGUCCAGCGCGUGCUGAGUCUGUGCUGAUCAUUGACCCGGUGACCAACACAGCUGACACCACGUCCAUCCCCGUCAUCGCUGGUAUUCGCAAGUGGCAAAGCAUGGUGCUGGCCAACAAUGGUCGCAUCUAUGGCAUUCCAUCAGGCUCUGGCGUUGUGCUGAUCGUCGAUCCAGCUACCAACACUAUUGACACCACGUCAGUGACCGGCCUCUCAACCAGUGACUACAAAUGGAUUGGUGGAAUCCUUGCACCCAACGGCCUCAUUGUGGGCACCCCACGAAGCGCUGAGACAGUUCUCCUUAUCGAUCCCGAAACUAGCACGGUCGACGCCACAUCACUUCCUGUUCCUUCUGGAGAUGACAAAUGGUUUGACGGAGUGCUCGCCAACAACGGCCUCAUCUAUGGGAUUCCGUCCAGUUCAGAAGACGUCCUCAUCAUUGACCCCGGCUGCUAAUUGGUCGGCUGGCAGGCGAGGUCAUCAUCGGUUGCGAGACUUGUUUGAAACUGUGCGCGUUCGUU